GCAGACAGAGCCUUCUCGAAAUUCCACUCCCCCUCCAGGCCCCCUCCUUCCCGGGACGACACACCUACCAGCGCGAGUCAUUAUAAACCAUAGCACUGCAUUCAUACAGUCGUCUUUAACUGACGGAUCCAACCUCGGACUGGCAGCUUUAAGGACGCAUUCUUCUGAAACUAGUUUGUAAGGUGUACCAGUGGGAAGAAAUAUGGACGCUGAUCAACUGCUCGGUGCCUCAAUCAUCAGGAUCCCACCUCACCACUACAUCCAUGUGUUGGAUCAGAACACCAACAUUGCACGGGUGGAGCUCGGCCCUCUCACCUAUAUACGCCAGGACAAUGAGAGGGUUCUGUUUGCCCCUGUCCGCAUGAUCAUGGUGCCGCCCAGGCACUAUUGUGUUGUGCUCAACCCCGUUGCCCGUAAUGCUGAAGGCCAAGUUCAGUUUGAUGCAUCAGGUCAAGCGAAGCUCAGACAUGCUGACCUGGAGAUCCGCCUGACCCAGGACCCCUUCCCCCUCUUCCCUGGUGAAGAGAUUCAGAAGGAUGUGACGCCACUGCAGAUUGUGUACCCGGAGCAGGUUCUGUUUGCCCCUGUCCGCAUGAUCAUGGUGCCGCCCAGGCACUAUUGUGUUGUGCUCAACCCCGUUGCCCGUAAUGCUGAAGGCCAAGUUCAGUUUGAUGCAUCAGGUCAAGCGAAGCUCAGACAUGCUGACCUGGAGAUACGCCUGACCCAGGACCCCUUCCCCCUCUUCCCUGGUGAAGAGAUUCAGAAGGAUGUGACGCCACUGCAGAUUGUGUACCCAGACACAGCCCUGCGUCUGCAGGGUGAGCGUUCGUUCUUCCUCAGGCCAGGAGAGCAUUUGGAGAACGGCAUUCAGGAUGUGUACGUGCUGUCAGAGGAGGAGGGGCUCGUGCUGCGUGCUGUCGAAGCCUUCGUUGACACUGAGGGGGAAGAGCUAGAUGAAGAAGAAGGGGAAAGCCGAGCCAAAAAGAGGGGAAUACAGCGGCGUCCAGGUGACCGUUGGAUGCUGCGCGGCCCAAUCGAAUAUGUGCCGCCCGCCACCGUAGAGGUGCUGCUUAGACGAGAUGCUAUCCCGCUGGAUGAGAAUGAGGGCAUUUACGUCCGUGACAUCAAAACUGGAAAGGUGCGUGCUGUGAUUGGCCAGACCUACAUGCUAACACAGGAUGAGGAACUGUGGGAGAAAGAGCUUCCAGCCAAUGUGGAGACUCUUCUGUCUCAAUCACUAGCUGACCGCUCGGAGCGAGGAAGAAACCUUGCCCAAGCUGAGAGAGAUCAAACCAGAGUAGUGUCCUAUCGUGUCCCACACAAUGCGGCCGUGCAGGUGUACGACUACAGAGAGAAGAAGGCCAGGGUGGUGUUUGGCCCUGAAAUGGUGAUGCUGGGUCCUGAUGAACAGUUUACAAUUCUUUCCCUAUCCGGAGACAAACCCAAACAUCCUAAUGUCAUCAAAGCCAUUUGUCUCCUGCUUGGCCCAGACUUUUGCACGGACAUCAUCACCAUCGAGACGGCCGAUCACGCUCGCUUGCAGCUGCAGCUCUCUUACAACUGGCACUUUGAUAUCAAACAACCCGCUGAAGCAGCCAAGGCUACGGCUCUGUUCUCCGUGCCAGACUUUGUAGGUGACGCGUGCAAAGCCAUCGCUUCCAGAAUCAGAGGUGCAGUGGCCUCAGUGCAGUUUGACGAUUUCCACAAGAACUCUAACAGGAUCAUCUGUUCGGCCGUCUUUGGUUUUGAUGAGAAGCUUGCGGUGCGGUCCAGUCUGCGCUUUAAUCAGAAUGGGCUAGUCAUCAGCAGUGUGGACAUUCAGUCUGUGGAGCCGGUGGACCAGCGCACCCGUGACGCCCUGCAGAAGAGUGUGCAACUAGCCAUCGAAAUCACCACCAAUUCACAGGAGGCUACUGCACGACACGAGGCAGAGCGUCUGGAGCAGGAGGCUCGGGGUCGCCUGGAGAGGCAGAAGAUCACAGACCAGGCAGAGGCAGAGAAAGCCAGGAAGGAACUGCUUGAGCUGGAGGCUCAGAGUGCUGCAGUGGAGAGUACAGGAGCGGCGAAGGCUGAGGCACAAUCUAGAGCCGAGGCAGCUCGCAUUCAGGGAGAGGCAGCGGUCGAAGAGGCCAAACUCAAAGCAGAGGCUCAGAAAAUCGAGGCCGAUGCUGAGCUGGCCCGUCUGUGUAAGGCGCGUGAGCAGGAGCUGAAUUACAAGAAGGAGAUGGACCAACUGGAGGUACAGAAGCAGCAGAAACUGGCAGAGAUUGAGAGCCUGCGCUUCAAGGAGUUGAUCGAGAGCCUGGGCACAGAAACCCUGAAGGAAAUGGCCCGAGCUGGGCCUGAACUACAGGUGAAGCUCCUGCAGUCUUUGGGUCUGAAGUCUACUCUUAUUACAGAUGGCUCCUCUCCUAUUAAUCUCUUUACUACUGCCAAUGGCCUUCUGGGGGCUCUGCAGGGCAAAGGACAGGAUGAAUAAAUAAAAAAUAGGAGAGACCGAGGUUAAGAGGCCUUAUACCACUUGAUAUGCAUGAAUAAAAACUGAUGCUGCUGCACUCUGUUAUUGUUUUCAUUCUUAAUUGAUUACAAUAAAGCCAUGUAAGUGUAGCAUUAGCAGUACCUUUGCUGUCUUAGUUGAACUAGCGCUCAGUUCAUUGUAAUAUGUAAUCUGAUAUGUUUUUGCUUUACUAACACGUAUACAUCUUAUAGACUUUACUUUGUGUUCAAGUAUCAUGCUGAAAUGUGCCAAUGGUGCCUUAAAUAAUUCAGUUCAACCAAAAGAGCUUUCUAGAAUAUGUUUCUUUACUGUGCUUUACUUUUUACAGCAAUAAAACAACAUUUAGUGUCCAAUAAUACCU